UACAGAGUGGAGGAUCGUUUGUUUUCAGGCAAACUCUCUUGUAGCUCGUUUACUUCAUCACUACGAGUGAAAAGAGGCCUAAUUCGUGUACUAAAAACGUUUUGCUCGCUAGUUAUUGAUCCGGCAAUCUGUGAAUAUCUUGCCAGUUUUAUCGAACUUGGGAGCAUUUGUUGUUCUAGAACUUGUUACUAGUAUGAAUUUAAAUGUAGAGGUAUCUAACUGAAUUAUUAAAGGCAAUUACCGUAGACAAGUAAUGCUGGGGAAAAUUACGCUAAUAGGGCAUGCCAUACAAGUUUGCAGCGCUACAUUCCUGCUUUAUGCACUAUUUUUCACGGUGUAUAUUUAUUGUAUUAUAUUGUAUUUUCCUUUUUAUCUACUGGCUCUGAAAAGGUGAAAGUGAAAGAAGCAACGUGUUUUUACGUAUAAAACUGAACGAAAGUGAAAGAUUGUUAUAUAAAACAGAGCGGAGAGCAGUUCGGAACUAAACUUAAAAUGGAUCCUAAAACAGACACUGAAGUGGACUCAACUGAAGAACAAAAAGACCAACGUCCUACAAUUACUGGAAAUAAAUAUUUCAUAUUUUCACCUGGGAAGACAUUCAAGGCUAAAGAGGACAUCAUAAGAAAAGCCCUUCAACAAAAAUCAGGUCAACUCACAGAGGUGCUCACCGUGGAGGAGUGUGAUGUCAUUUUGGUUUUCUGUGUUAUUGUUUCAAGGGCAGGAACUGACAUUGAUUCUGCACUGAAUGAACUUAACGAUCUCUCAGAGUCUAAACCGGCUGUUUUCAUGGUGCUUCAUCACACAUUUGACGUAGAGAAGAUUGUUCCAGACAGCAGCAGAUUUGUGAGCAGGGAGAAUACACUCACUGUGGACUGUCUGUUCCAUGAGGAUGAAGGAUUCCCGGAUUGUGUGAAGAAUAGAAAAGCUCUGGCCAGAAUCGAUCAAUGGCUGCAGCCACAGCUGGAGCAGACCGGGUGGAUCCCAAGCUGGUUGUCCGAAUAUGUUCCAUGCUUUAAUUUUUGGCAUACACAAGUCGACACAGAAAUGCUUAAAGAAACUUCCUGUGAACCUAUUCCUAAAGUUGAACCAGAAUAUAAAAUACUUGUCCUACUGGGCAUGUCUGUGCUUGAGAAGACUGCAGUGGAAUACGUGAUAUUUGGCAGAGAGGAGAGUCUGUGUGAUGCCUCUCCAGCCCCCCUGAUGAAGAUCACAGUAGAUACUGGAGUGGUGGAGGGGGAGCAGGUGACCGUGAUCAAUACUGCUGGCUGGUUCAGCUCUUGGCUCUCCCUAGAGGAAAUGAAACACAAAAUACAAUUCUGUAUCAGUAUGUCUUCUCAUAGACCUUAUGCUUUACUACUAGUCAUACCAAAAGAGCAGUAUUUUGAAGAGAUAAAAUGGAAGGAGGUUUUUGAGGAGAGCUGGGAGAAGGUCAUAAUCCUUUUCACUGUUAAGGAUGAAAAACAAAAGCAGGGCAUCCAAUACCAGGUCAACCAGACAAAACUUAGAAAUCAGUUUCAUAUUCUCAAUAUUAGCAAGCCUGGGGAUAGAUCUCAGGUUUCAGAAUUGCUGAAGCAGGUAAAGAAGACGGUGGCAGGAAAUGGCGGGCAAAGUAGUUACUGUACACUGUUGUAAGCUCAGACUGAGAUAGCAAGCUAUUGCAAAAUCUAAACAGCUGCACAGAUGUGAAGAUAGGAAAUACAUUGAAGUAUAACUGCAAAAUCUUUAACAUGUAAUUUGGAUUACUGACGAUGUGAUCAGAAAUUAUGAGGCAUUUAAUAAACAGAAAAAGACAUUAGAACAUAGUGAGUCUUUAAAAUGGUAGAUGAUGGUCGAGUUUAUUUGGAUCGCACUUUUCACAAUAAACAUUAUUUUAAAGCAGCUUUAUAGAAAAUCACGAUGUCAGUGUUUUUGAUAUACUAAUACCAUGCCUUCAUGCCUUAUAAUCACAUUUAACAGACUAAAGCUCUGUGUUAUAGUUUACGUUUUAUAAGCAAUCAAGCAGUUCCGAUUUGCUAUGUACUGCUUAACAGGAGUAUACUGUAUGUAUUUCAGUACGGUUAGGUAUACUUAUAUAAUUAAUUAUUAUUUAUUAAUUUGUUAAUCCAAUUUAUUAAUUAAUUAUGUGGCAAUAUUGAGAAGAAUUUAUAACAAUUUGGUGCAGUGAGAAGGCUUAUCAUUAUUUGGUGAUAUGCGUCAAUGCUAUAAGCAGUUUAACUGAGGAGUUAACUGAAAGUUAUGGCAUAAUACUUAUACAGUACACACAUACAUACUACUUAAUAUCUUUAGUCUUUGGCAUGGAUUGCAUAACGUAGAAAAACCUUUUCUCCUCUGUUAUGUUGCUACAAUGAUGGAACUGUAAGAUCCAAAAAACACUGCAUGCAGUGGAAUGAAAUCAAUAUGUAUUAUAUGAAAAAUUUCAUAGCUUUUAUCCUGGAACAACAAUCUAUAAUGGCUUGUUUCCUUUAUGAACUGAAUAAAAAAAAAAUGUGUGUGUGUGAUUGUCC